GCUCAGCGGAGGGAGGGGCUUGAAGCCCAGUGCAUGCCGGGCUAGCGGCGGGCGGUGCUUGGGCUUCAAUCAUGGUGGCCACUGUGGUGUCCGGCUUCUGGCUCUGGGCUUUGCUGCUAGUCCCUGCGGCCGCGGUCUACGAAGACCAAGUGGGCAAGUUUGACUGGAGACAGCAGUAUGUGGGGAAGCUCAAGUUUGCCUCCUUGGACUUUCCCCCUGGAUCCAAGAAGUUGGUUGUGGCCACAGAGAAGAAUGUGAUUGCAGCGUUAAAUUCUCGGACGGGAGAGAUCUUGUGGCGGCAUGUUGACAAGGGCACAGCAGAAGGGGCUGUGGAUGUCAUGUUGGUCCACGGACAAGAUGCAAUCACUGUAUCCAAUGGAGGGCGCAUCAUGCGUUCUUGGGAGACUAACAUCGGGGGCCUGAACUGGGAGAUAACUCUGGACACUGGCAGUUUCCAGGCACUUGGGCUGGUGGGCCUACAGGAGUCAGUGAGGUACAUUGCAGUUCUGAAGAAGACCACUCUCACCCUGUAUCACCUUUCCAGUGGGCACCUGAAGUGGGUGGAACAUCUUCCAGAAAGUGACAGCAUCCACUACCAGAUGGUAUAUUCCUACGGCUCCGGGGUGGUGUGGGCCCUUGGCAUCGUUCCUUUCAGCCAUGUGAACAUCGUCAAGUUUAACGUGGAGGAUGGAGAGAUCGUUCAGCAGGUCAGGGUUUGGACUCCCUGGCUACAGCAUCUCACUGGGUCCUGUGGUGUGGUAGAUGAGGCUGUCCUGGUAUGCGCUGACCCCAGCACACAUUCCCUCCACACUCUGGCCCUGGAGACGGAGUGGGAACUGCGGCAGAUCCCCCUACAGUCUGACUUAGAAUUUGGAAGUGGAUUCCAGCCCCAAGUCCUGCCCACACAGCCCAGCCCAGUGGCUCCUUCUCGGGCCCAGUUCUUUCUGCAGUUGUCCCCGGGCCACUAUGCUCUGCUGCACUACCAUCAAGGUGCUGUGACUCUGCUAAAAAACUUCCCGCAGGUCACUCUCGUCAGCUUUGCCACCACUGGGGAGAAGACAGUCGCUGCAAUCAUGACCUGUCGCACUGAAGUGCAAAAACCUGGCAGUGCUGGAGAUGGGUCUGUGGCCAGCCUUCCUGAGACUUCUAGUACACAGGACCCUUUGGCUUGCUUCAACCAGACAUACACCAUUAACCUGUACUUAGUGGAGACAGGUCGGCGGCUGCUAGACACUGCCAUCUCCUUCAGCCUGGAGCAGAAGGGCACUCGCCCUGAGCGGCUGUAUAUCCAGGUGUUCUUGAAGAAGGAUGACUCGGUGGGCUACCGGGCCUUGGUACAGACACAGGACCACUUGCUGCUGUUUCUGCAGCAGCUAGCCGGGAAGGUGGUGUUGUGGAGCCGAGAGGAGUCCCUGGCAGAAGUGGUGUGCUUGGAGAUGGUGGACCUCCCUCUGACUGGGGCACAGGCUGAACUGGAAGGAGAAUUUGGCAAGAAGGCAGCGAUACAAGACGGCUUGCUGGGAAUGUUCCUGAAACGCCUGUCUUCUCAGCUCAUCCUGCUCCAGGCCUGGACUUCCCACCUCUGGAAAAUGUUCUAUGAUGCUCGGAAGCCCCGAAGCCAGAUUAAGAAUGAGAUCAACAUCGACACAUUGGCCAGAGAUGAAUUCAACCUGCAGAAGAUGAUGGUGAUGGUAACAGCCUCAGGCAAGCUCUUUGGCAUCGAGAGCAGCUCUGGCACCAUCCUGUGGAAACAGUAUCUGCCCAGUGUUAAGCCAGACUCCUCCUUUAAACUGAUGGUCCAGAGGACUACUGCUCACUUCCCCCACCCCCCUCAGUGCACGCUGCUGGUGAAGGACAAGGAAACAGGAAUGAGCUCUCUGUUUGUCUUCAACCCCAUUUUUGGCAAGUGGAGCCAGGUAGCUCCCCCAGUGCUGAAGCGCCCCAUCUUGCAGUCCUUGCUUCUCCCAGUCAUGGAUCAGGACUAUGCCAAGGUGUUGCUGUUGGUGGAUGAUGAGAACAAGGUCACAGCCUUCCCAGCUACUCGGAAUGUCUUGCGACAGCUGCAUGAACUUGCCCCCUCCAUCUUCUUCUACUUGGUGGAUGCAGAGCAGGGGCGACUCAGUGGAUACCGGCUUCGGAAGGAUCUCUCUACGGAACUGAGCUGGGAGCUGACUAUUCCCCCAGAAGUGCAGCGGGUCGUCAAGGUGAAAGGGAAGCGUAGCAGCGAGCACGUGCACUCCCAGGGCCGCGUGAUGGGGGACCGAAGUGUUCUCUACAAGAGUCUGAACCCCAACCUGCUGGCUGUGGUGACAGAGAGCACCGAUGUCCACCAUGAGCGUACCUUCAUUGGCAUCUUCCUCAUUGAUGGUGUCACUGGCCGCAUCAUCCACUCUUCUGUACAGAAGAAGGCCAGGGGCCCUGUCCAUCUCGUCCAUUCAGAGAACUGGGUGGUGUACCAGUACUGGAACUCAAAGGCCCGGCGCAAUGAGCUGACAGCCCUGGAACUCUACGAGGGCACUGAGCAGUACAAUACCACUGCCUUCAGCUCCCUAGACCGUCCGCAGCUGCCCCAGGUCCUCCAGCAGUCCUACAUCUUCCCCUCCUCCAUCAGGGCCAUGGAAGCUACCAUUACCGAGCGGGGCAUCACCAGCCGCCACUUGCUCAUUGGGCUGCCUUCUGGAGCAAUCCUUUCCCUCCCCAAGGCCUUGCUGGAUCCCCGGCGCCCUGAGAUUCCAACAGAACAAAGCAGAGAGGAGAACCUGAUCCCGUAUUCUCCAGACGUCCAGGUCCAUGCAGAGCGAUUCAUCAACUAUAACCAGACAGUCUCUCGAAUGCGAGGCAUCUACACAGCACCCUCAGGCCUGGAGUCCACUUGUUUGGUCGUGGCCUACGGUUUGGACAUCUACCAAACUCGAGUUUACCCAUCCAAGCAGUUUGAUGUCCUGAAGGACGACUAUGACUAUGUGCUAAUCAGCAGUGUCCUUUUUGGCCUGGUUUUUGCCACCAUGAUCACAAAGAGGUUGGCACAGGUGAAACUCCUCAAUCGAGCCUGGCGGUAAAAUAGAAGCAUCGCACCAGAGUGGAGCGUCGGGGAAGCGUGUCACCUAAGGAGCUGUGGCCGUGGAUUGGUGGAUCAGUGAAGCUGGAUUCUCAUCUCACUUGAGUCUGGGAGAAGAAGAUAGGCCCUCAUGUCGAACUGCUUUGGUAAAACAGUGCCAGCACAGUCCUCGUGGGAUGGACAGCCACCUCAGCGAGGAUCUUAAUGACUCGGAUCCACUGCUCUGUUUGCUUUGUGCCCGUCCAUGGAUGUUCUGGGGGUUUUUGAUUUUGUUUUUUCUUUUUACGGGACCUCUGGUUUUUCUCUUCUGAGGAUGUUUAAAUUGACUUUAGUUAGCCUUCUGUGUCUCUGGUCUUACUGGAAAUUCUCUGACAACUUGCUUUCCGCCUCUUGCUUCCAAGCCUGCUGGGUCAGCUCUGCCUUUAAAGUGCCCUUGGCCUGACUCUAAUGGGAAUGAUUGCAGGGGCCAUUCUUAGUUGAGGUCUGAGGACUUCUCUCUGAAGUAACAGAAGUUGAGGGAUCCAUACAAAGAGUCAGAACUGAUUAGUCAGAACUGAUUUUAACUAAGCUUUUCAAUCCAUGCUGCCAUUUGUAUGGUUGGGCUACUGUUUGUUUCAGCCUAUCAAAGCAAAGUACCUAAUAGCAUUUUGAUUUUUUACCCAUAGCCUAUGCUUUCCCCCUGAGAUGUAGCAGGCUAAAGACUUUAGUCCUUUACAUUAAUAAAAAAAAAAAAAUUAUAUAUAUAUAAUUGGAAAAUUGGUUUUUUGAGGCAGGAUUUCUCUGUGUAGCCCUGGCCAUCCUGGAACUUUUUCUGUAUACUAGGCUGGCCCCCAUCUCAGAGAUUCAUCUGCUUUUGCCUUCCAAAUGCUGGGACUAAAGGCAUGUGCCACCAUAAUUAGCUUAGGGCUAAGGCUUUUUAAAACUACCAAACUCUCUGAGCCUUGAUGAGAUUUUGGUCCCAGCACCUCAUCUUUCGUUGCCCCUCCAGGCCCCUCCAGACAUCCUGUAGCUCAGCUAGAGGAAAGUUCUUUGCUAAAAAAAAACAAAAAAAAACAAAAAACACCUUAUUUAUUCUUAAUUUAGGUUUGUUUUGUUUUUUGAGGCAGAGUUUUGCUCUGUAGCUCAGGCUGGCCUAAACUUGCAAUCCUCCUAGCCCAGCCUCCCAGUGUUGGUAUUAUACUUGUAUGCCAUCACACUUGGCAAUGAGUAAGUUUUAAAUUUCUGUAUGGCAUUAGGGUUAGAACCCAUGGUCUUUCCUGCCAGGCAUGUUCUCUGCACUGAACUCUACAUAAAAGAAGCCAAGAGGGCUGUUAUUUUUCUUAAGCAGUUUAAAAAUCUUACUAGUUAAAAAAAAAAUUUGGGGGGCGGGCUGCAAGGAGGAAGCUGGGACUCACACCCAGGGCCCCAUGUGUGUUAGUGCACACUCUCCUUCUAUUACUACUGAGCCACAGCCCCAACACACCUAACCAUCUCACUUAUUUUAUUUUAUCUGAGUCAAGGUCUCACUAUGUAGUCCUGGCUGUCCUGGAACUAGCUAUGUAGACCAGGACUGGGCUUCUGUUUAUGGUGGUGGUGGAGUAUGCACUUCUGUUGGGGCUUCUGUGUGUGUGUGUGUGAGAGAGAGAGAGUAUAUGUGUUCACUCCUGUUUGUGUGUGUGUGUACUUCUGUGUGGGGUGUGUGUGCACUCAUAGCUGGAUUGGUUUCUCUGUGGGGGGUGCAUGUGUACACUUCUGUCUGAGUUUCUCUGUGAAGUGUGUGGGUGCACUCCUUGUUGGACUUCUGUGUACCACACAGAAAGAAUCCUACGUUUUACUUUGCUUGUGGACUUGGGGACUGAUUGUUCGUUGAGAAGAAGGGAAAGCACUGAGUUGAACACAGGCCCUGGAAUAAAGCUAAUGAUUAGCGGU